AUGGUUUCACUCCGCAGUGGACAGUCAAGAGCCCCAUCGUCAGCUUCUCGUCGCCCGGCACAGAACUCUGUCACGCAGAAUCCCGUCACGGUUGGCAGUCCGACUGACACUAACGUUGACGCUGAUUCUUCACCCGAACCCAUGGCUACCAACUUCAAGGCGGAGCCGGCUCCUAGGCCUAGGCUCUCUACUACCCUUGCCGAUAGAGGUCGCUCAGUUACUGCAGCUCCGCCAGAGACUCAACCGAUCGACGCGGUGGGUCGUGGCAUCAAAGAGCUCGUGCAUGCUAUCAACAAGAUCGAGCAACUUGGAAUCGCUAAAGUCGCUGGCAGCACUCCGAAGAUUGUCGUCAUCGGCGACCAGUCAGCAGGCAAGAGCAGUGUGAUCAAUGCCAUCAGCGGCAUUCAAGUGCCUCGCAGCACCGGAACUUGCACGAGAUGCCCAAUGAAGAUAACUCUCACAGCCGACCAUGCUCCAGGCGCCCGUUGGCGCUGCGAGGUCACUCUUCGCCGGGAAUAUGCGUACAUGGGUGAAAACGUAUCACCUGACCCCAACGAAAAGCCUCCUCCAUUCUACCCAUGGUUGGAGAAGGAUCCAGAGGUGAUCCGAUUCAAGUCAGUCCACAAGAAAGAUGAACUCCAGGAAGUCAUCUUCUACGCACAGCUUGCUACGCUCAACCCCCAACGGGAUCCCAUGUCAUAUGUCUCAGGAUCGCAGGACCAGACGAACAAAGUCGAGUUCUCGCCCAACCUCGUUUGUCUUGAUAUCUCCGCCCCUGAGCUCCCGGACCUGGCCUUCUUUGAUCUGCCCGGUGUCAUUGCGCAGACAGAAGACAAGAGCAAGCCAUAUCUGAUUAAGCUGGUAAAACGUCUUGUGAAAAAGUAUAUCUCGGAAGCCAACGCACUUGUUUUGCAGGCUGUAUCGAUGGAGGGAGACAUUCAGAAUUCCUCGGCAGCCUACUUAGCGAACAAGGCGGGUGCCUCCAACCGUUGCAUUGGUAUCCUCACCAAGCCUGAUAGGGCUGAUAAAGGCAACCAAGGUGACUAUGUUCGAUGGCUGUCUAUACUCCAGGGCAAGCUGUUUGCUCUGGGUUAUGGAUAUCAUGUUGUCAAGAACCCCUCUCAACAGGAGCUUGACCAGGGCAUGACCCACGCCGAGGCGAGGCACCAAGAGAAGGCCUGGUUCCAAGGGAUGUAUCCUUGGAGAGGCCCCGAGUUCCGGGCCUACAGGGACCGCUUUGGCACUGAGCAUUUGCAAGAGAAGCUCUCGCAUUUGUUGGCUUCGCAAAUUCUUGACAGCCUCCCGACAAUUCACAAAAGGGUUCAGGAUAAGCUUGCGGAGAUCGAUAUUGAGCUUAGCAAAAUCCCCGAACCUCCUACCAAUGAUGCACAACGAAUCGUUCAUGAAAGCCUCGGUAGCUUUAUCAGCACCGUCACCAAGCAGCUGGAAGGUGAACUUCCCUCCAACGACUUUCGUAAAUCAUGGAAAAAGCGUCGCGAAGAGUUUUCGGAGGCGCUCUUCGACCAGCGACCUAAGUUGGUCUAUACUGCUGCGUCAGACGGGGAACAAGUGUUCCGCGAGAGGGCUGGAUCCAUCAUGCCUAAUUUUCCCGGAACUCCUCAGACGCCCGCUGUGCCCGGGACACCCAGAAACCCUCAGGUCAUUGACUUAGAUUCAGAGCCUGAUGCCACGCCCAGUAAGAAGCGCAAGAAGAGAGAGACGUCGUACGAGAUCAGGCGGACUGCUUCUUCGAAGCCUAGUGCGUUGAACAAACGUUUCACGCUUGAAGCCAUCAGGUCUACGUUGAACGACCUAUCCACAUCUGAUAUCCCAGGAGACAUCGAUCCGAAAGCCGUCAACCACAUGCGGCUCGAAACCCUGAAGAACUGGGACCAGCCCAUGGCUGCUUUCCUUGACGGCGUACUGGAGGCCAUUCGUGACACCAUCAAGAAGGCUCUGGAUGCUACCCUGCAAGCCUGGAAUACUACAGAACUGUACACAAAGACAAAGCAGCUCUCGGAGGAUUUCGUUCAAGAUAUCACUCACCAACUGCAUAAUGUGUAUGCGCCCCGUGCUCUCCGCCUGGAGCGUUGUAAGCCUAUGACAGAAAACUUCGCAUCGCUCAAAUCCAAUGAAGAAAAGGAGCUGGAGAUUUUCCAGGAAGCACGUUGGAAGGCCAGAACGGAAGCAUACUUCAACAACCAGGACAGGGUGACGGGAAAGACAACUCAGCCAGCAGACCGCCAAAAGAAAAUGGUUGACGAACACUUCCGCAAGAGCCUUGGGCCGGACCCUUUUGCCCGCGAGGUCGAGGCGAUGAGCAAGAUUCGUGGCUAUUACACCAUCGCAUCCACACGUUUUGUGGACCAUCUCUGCCAGAGCUUCCAGGCAGACGUCUUCGAAGUGCUCCGAUGCAAUCUCCACGACGAACUAGUCGCCUCUCUUGAAAUUUACAAGGAUGAUGGCGUAAAGACUCCCCAAAAGACUUGCAUGGAACUCUUGGAAGAAGACGAGGACCGUGCUGCGCGCCGUCGCGUCCUCAAUGCGGACCGCGAGAAGCUCGAUGCGGCUUUGAAAUGCCUCCAGGAGCUAGACGAGAAAUACCAGAGCGCUACGAACACGGGAAUGGCGAGCGUAAGUGGCGGCGUCUACACGAACGGCAAUGCCAGCACCAAUGGCCACUCCAGCUUCUCUGGAAGUGUCCAGCAUUCGCUUCCUCAAAGCUCGUUCAAUCAGGACACGGUCAUGGAUGAGGACACUUGUUGA